AUGCCCGUCGCUACCUCCACCAUCAAUCAGCCCGCUACCGGCGGGGACCACACCGCACGCGCCAUCCGCCCUGUGAACAAGGAUGGCACGCCUCUCUACCCCGACUAUAUGCCCCACUACGACCCCCUUGAGAAGGUCGAGGACAUCGGCGAGUUUGAGCACUACGACCCUGGUCAUCGCGCCGACCCGGCAAAGCCCAACCUCCUCAAGCACGCGACGAAGAUCGUCGACAUCUCCCCGCACGUCGGCACCGAGAUCGAGGGUAUUCAGCUCUCCGACCUCACGUCUGAGGGCCUUGAUGAGCUCGCGCUCAUGGCGGCUGAGCGCGGCUGCCUUGUCUUCCGCGACCAGAAGUUCAUCGACAUCGGUUUCGAAAAGCAGAAGGACAUCGUCCGUCACUUUGGCCCGCUACACAUUCACGGCUGGGCGCCGCAUCCCAAGAAUGGACCGCCUGAACACAUGAUCGUCUACGACCACCGGGAGGAUCUUCGUGUGCGCAAGUCAUGGGCCCGCAAGAGCCCGAUCCAGUUCCAUACGGACCAGUCGCCGGAGAAGCAGCCGCCGGGCACGACAUUCUUGUGCAUGCUUGAGUCGCCUUCCGUUGCUGGCGGCGAUACUAUUUUCUCGAGCAGCGUCCGUGCCUUUGAACGCCUGUCGCCACGCUUCCGCAAGCGCCUCGAGGGCUUGACCGCCAUCCACUCCAACCUCGAGGGCGCCACGCAGGAGCUCAAGAACAACGGCCAGAACGCUGUCCUCCGUCGCGGAGUCUUGGAAGCCGAGCACCCUGUGGUCAUCGUUCACCCCGUUACGAAGAAGAAGGCUCUCUACGUCAAUCCGGUCUACACCAAGCGGAUUGUCGGCUUCGACGAAGAGGAGUCUGACUAUCUCCUCAAAUUCCUCUUCGACCAUAUCAUCCGUGGCCAAGACUUCUCCUGCCGCGUCCGCUAUGAGGCUGGCACCGUUGUCGUUUGGGACCAAAGGAUUACGAACCACAGUCAGACACUUGACUAUGCACCGGGCGAGCGUCGCCAUGCUUUCCGCCUCACGCCGCUCGCCAAUAAGCCCAUUCCCGCCUUGGUUGAAGAGGAUGACGGCGAGUGCCAGAAGGACGAGAUGCGGGUCAUGCUUCGCAUCUGCUGA